UUGAAAGUUUGAUGCUAUUGCUAAUACGUGUUGUUCGUGUUUGGUCUGACAGUCUUUCUGUUUGUUCUCUUGACAUUCCAAGUGUAUUUGAUCAGAAGAUAUUGCAGUUGUACAAGGCAUACAUCUAAUUGCUAAGUAGAAGCAUUUAAAAACAGAAGACAGCUUACAGUGAGAACUAAUGAAACGAUAACAUUCUAAGUUUACUCCCUGAACUUAAACUGGAUCGGCACUCGUGACCUCGACUGAAUACACACCACUAGCCAACGAGGAUACUUCCGUAUCAUAACCAUAUACCCCUUCGACAUCAUAUGAGAUAUAGGUACUCGGACGUUUAUGUGAUUUAAUAUCCACUAACUAGCUCAUUCCAGGACGGUUUGUUUAAUCUCUUCACGAGGAUAUACCUGAAGGAUGUUCGACUGCAGAGACCAUUCGCGCAAACGGUGUCCAAGAACGUCUACCAAACCAAGUUCUAAUGAACAACAAACUACACCUCAGCCGAAUGGUGUCAAUGCAACAGUUAUCGCCCUUGGUGUUGUAGCGGUCAUUGGUAUUCUGUUGUUAGCUGUCGUCCUCGGAAUUAUCAUUUAUCGACGUAUGAGAACACAGAAACCAAAGACGAACUUGGAGCCACCUGUACAAAUCCAAAAUCUCAGUGGAAGUUUGGAAAACAAAUAUUCCGAUAUGGAUGAAUUUAAUUCUGGUAAGUGCAUUGGGAACCACUCUGAAGUGGAGUAUUCUUCAUGUCAGGAAAAUGAUAACACUGACAACAUUUACAAUCGUAUCGACGAAGGUAGUUCAGGAAGGCGCUGCGAAUACGACAACGCCAUCUUCAUUGACAGACAGGUAGAUACGGAGAGGAACGACCAUACCCCUGGUGAUGAUACUGGUGAUGAUACAUACAACACAUUACACAACAUGGCAGAGGAUGAAAACACUGACGACUACGCUCACGCCAGAGUGGUCAACAGUCUACAAGAGAGUUCAAUGGAGGAGGGUACACUGGGAGAGAACAACGAUGACUAUGAUAGGUUGUCUCACAAACCUAACAACAUAGGUGUGAACAGUUCUGAGAAUGACUACGAUCACAUGGUCAAAGGUGAAGUACUUCCGUCUUACUUUUAAUAACAGGAUGCCUGAAAAUAUUAGAAAAAAUGACACGGGUAGCCCCUGAGGAGAGAUUGAAAACGCACUUGUGAUACAUAGGGGGUUAUACAUCUAGGACUAAAGAAGAAUAAAGAAAGAAAAUAGUUGUUUUAAGAGGGUGUAGGAAAUUUCUAUAGUACACCUCAUUUUACCUGUCAACUUUCAAGCACAAAAAAGCUCUCAAAACCAACAGACAACAACAUGAACGACUAUGAAAUGUAAAUUCAAUUGUUUUUACGUAGGAAGGAAAAUAAAGUAACGUUUGGUGAUGAGGUGACCAUGAUGCCCUUCUUAAGGUUAACGUCACCAUGAAGAGCCGAAAAACAAUCAGUUAUGUAUUCUAUUUUAAGUGAUGGAGUGCAGAUUGCAAUAGAAAGUAGAAAUAAGACUUGUUUUUCCUUGCUUAUGAAAAAGAAUGAUUAAUGUGUAUACUAUAACCAAUAAAAUAAACAUAAUAAUAUGUACUAUUACACUUCUGUCACAUUAUUCAAUUUCAUACUUAUUUACCAUAUAACUGUACGUGUGUUAGAUGUAUGGUUGUACGUUGAUUGCGUGAUAUCCAGUGAGUUCAUCCCAACGGUGUUUAUCAUGUUGGAGUUAUCACCCCUGAUCCUUUAAAAUAGUAUUACUCUCUGUAUAUAAUUUUUCAUUUCAAAGUACCCUUAAAUUACUAUAUCAAUAUUGAAACAACAUUGUUAAUAUGUUAGAUAGAGUUUAGAGCCACUCAUGGAAAUAAUUUAUAUAGGUUUUUCUAUUAUUCAAUCCAUUUUACUAUUACACCUGUCAAUACAAUUUGUUGAUUUGAAAAAAAAUAUGUUUGACAUACCUAACCGUAUAAUUUAUGUAAUCACACAGCCAUCCUCCAUUACCACUUAUGUGAAUGGUUAUUUUUUAUUUCCUACGUUUUGGCAAACUUCCUGAAAAAAAAACCCCAGGGAAUAACUUACACAUUUCACAAACAUACCUUGAAAUUGCACUUACUGCGUGUUACAAAUUAACAUAACUUUGAAGUAUUUAUAAACAUUGAAGACCGUAAUACGAGCAUGAAAUACCAGUUACAAUUGUAACCAGCUGAAUGUUUAUUUCAGAUAGCAAUCUACGUAUAUAGAAACUUCCAUCAGUAAUGUUCAGUCAAGCACGUUCAGUUGAGAUACAUGUACAUGUAACAGGGGUAUUUAUUUUACUCAGUGUAAAUAGGAUAAAUGUCUAAUGGUUUCCUGUAAAAUACAAUAUAUAUUUCACGAUUGCGAGCGCGAGUAAAAUAUCGGUAUAUUCGGCCGUACGAGUAUCCGUAAUGUUUUGGAGUUAUAUAUACCAUAGUAUAACAGUUAUUUUAUACACAUCAGUGUAUAUAUUACAACUGAUGCCGGUUUUUCCACAACUCAUUUCACUGAGACAGUUAUAUCAGGAUAUUAUUUAAGCAAAGCACAUGCAUAUUACAACCAUUUGCCUCUACAAAUAUUUUUAAAUAUGGUAGCUCCUGGAUAUUGAAUAUUAUAUUGUGUCAACUGGAAUACCACCAGUCAUCUGAACUCAGAUUAAUAGAAGGAUCAUCUAACAAGUUCACCAAUCGCCUAAGUAGGCCUCAAUAGGCAAGUUUAUUUUAUUUAUUAUCUAACGAAAUUGAUAAUAUCAUAUACGAUACUAAUACCAUGGGAGAUAUGAGGAUUAGCAUUGAAUCUCAUAAACAUAUUAUCUCUUGUGCCCUGGAAUAUAUUUAAACAUCUGGGAAUUAAACUAUACUGCAAAUCAUCUCAUUUGUAUUUACUAUUUUAUUAUACAGAUCUGAUGUAAUCGGUUAGAAUGACACUGUGUGUAGUGACAGUGACUU